CUACUAGUUGGUGCAGUGGCAUUGUACACGGCAAAAAAGAAAAAAAAAACGCAUCGGCGCUGCACGGUUUGGAGUUGUAGAUGGCGAAAUGCAUGCUCUCGGACAAGUGGGAAGAUGAAAUUUGUUCGUCUUAAAAGGAAGCCGGGCUAUCAAUGGUGCGUUUAAGAGACAAAAUAUUGCUCUGUUAGCCGUUAGUAGUUUUACGACGGGCAGCAGUCGGUUUGCGUCUUAUGUAACUAACGGCCUGAGCAGCGUCGGUGAGGAAAGAGGGAUCUGCUGAAUGAGAGGGAGGAAAAGAGCAGCACCGCUUUGAAUUCACAUGGCAAUUUACAUUUAGGUUAGGACACCCAAACGCUACACAAAUACAAAUUGGGGGGCUACUGGGGACGGCUACUGCUUUGAUUUAAGACUGAGUUUGAAGCCAGCAGCAAGGGGACGUGGACUGACUUAGUCGCCUCAAGUAGGUUUGUGUUUUCUGUUGUUAAGGUGAUGGUGGACUCUGACAACCAUGACUGAGAGCCUAAACCAGAGCUGAAAAAAUAAAAGAGACAGGACAUCAAGAGGGGCAGCCUGCAAAAUACGUCCUACACGGAUCUACAGCACACUUGAUCAAACUCAAAACUAAUGCCCAGCUGUUCAGCAUAAGAGCAGCAACAGUCCUGGACCAAAGGUAGCUGAUGCUGCGUGGAGUUUAAGACCUUCAUAAACAAAAGUCAAAGAGGCUGGAAAGUGGAGUGUGGAGUUACGUGGACCUGAUAAAGAAAUGGAGGGAUAUUAGUUUGGACCUGGCACCUGGUUUCUGCUUCCCAUUACUGUGUGGAGUACGGAGGGCCAGUAGCCGAACUGUGCUGCUGGACGGACCGUUGCGGCGUGGGGUUGAAUCGAGCCGCUUCAGCAGAACUGAUGCCAAGGCCAGGAGUCAGCCAUGAUGUUUUUAUAACCUGAUGAUCAACAGAGAGAUGGUGAGGAAGAAGAAUCCCCCUAUCCGGAGUGUGGGAGGUGAGGAGGAGGAGGAAGAAGAGGGGAGGAGGCCAGCAGGAGAUGAAGAGGAGGAGGGAGAGGAAGAAGGGAGAGUAGGAGCAGAGGCCGAACGAAUAAACCGACCCUCUGAGCCAGAGUCCUCCGACCGGGUCAGAGGAGAUGAGGAGCAGGAGGAGGAGGAGGGGGGAGAAAGCGAGUGCGUUUCCUCAUCCGUCUCUCCGUCAUCAGUCGGCGAUCGCUACAGUAAUGAGGAGAGAGGGGGAAGGAGAGGAGGAGCAGCAACAGGAGGAGGAGGCGGCAGCGGGAGGGCCAAGCAAGGAGGAACAGUGCUGACUGACAGACCCGAGAGCCAGUCGGAGCCUGAGGAUGGGGAGAGGGGGGCAGAUGAGGGAGAGAGGAGUGACAGAGACAGGGGGGAGGCUGACCAUCUCACCCCUCCUCUCCUCCCUGCUCCCCACCACCUCCUCCCCAGACAGGAAGGAGGGGAGGAGUCAACAACUGAUACCCCUCCACUUUCCUCCAGCCCCUCUCCCAAACUCCAGGACUUCAAGUGCAAUGUGUGUGGUUACGGUUACUAUGGCAAUGACCCUGCUGACCUGGUGAAACACUUUAGGAAGUAUCACCUGGGCCUGCAUAACCGCACGCGGCAGGAUGCUGCCCUUGACACACACAUCCUGGCCCUCCACAACAUGGCCCCCCAACACACACCGCUAGACAUACAGACAGGACAAGGGCAGAGGAACCAAGCCAAAGAAUUGGGGAAGACAAGGCCAGACAUACACAGUCAACAGCAUAGGGCAGUUAUGUUGAAUGGCACAUAUGAUGUACAGGUGACCUUGGGCGGCACGUUGAUUGGGAUUGGCCGGAAGACCUCUGAUUGCCAGGGGAACACUAAGUAUUUUCGCUGCAAAUUCUGCAAUUUCACGUACAUGGGCAGCAAUUCCCUAGAACUUGAACAACACUUCCUGUCCUCACAUCCAAAUAAAGUAAAAACUCCGCCGACCACACCCCUACUGGCUACCAACAACCUGGCAACGCACGACAACCAGGCAAAGGGGAGGAGUCCCAUCUUAGACGGGGCGGAGCGAGUGGCAGUGAGAGCGGAAGACGAUUCCUUGGUCGGGUACUCCAUCCCCGUCAGGGCUUGUUCUGAUUCAUCAAGCUGGAUAGGGGAGCCCGGUCGUGGCGCUAUGCAGGCAUAUUAUUGGUGUAAAUUCUGUAGCUGGAGUUGUGAGUGGUCUGGGGGCUCGGCAAAGCUUUUAGAGCACUAUGAACAAAGGCAUAGGAUGAGCAUUGGAGGUACUAUGAGCCCCAACAACUCUAAUCCUGGGGUACUGGACAGAGAGAGGGAGAGAGGAGGGAGAAGAGAAGGAGGAGAGAGAGACCACAUGGCUUCCAAAAGCCGCAAAGAUCUAUCGUCCAACCCAUCCAGCACCAGCCAAGGAGACAAUGAUCCAGAAGCAGUCGUGACCAGUUAUAACUGUCAGUUGUGUGAUUUCCGGUACUCAAUGGCCCACAGUGCAGAUGUGAUCGUAGUAGCGCCACUGCUAUUGCAUUAUCAGCACAACCACUCCAUCCACCGAUGCUGCAUUCAGCACUGCAUGUAUUGUCCACAGGGGCUCUGUCAGCCGCAUAAACACCUGGGGGAGGUUUCCCACCCCUUUGCUUGUCGGAAGCCCACCUGUCCGAAAUGCUGUGCCAAGUUUCCUCAGUCCACCAAGCAGCAGGAUGCAGUUGGUUCGAAACCUGCCGCCACCACCACCUCACCCAGCAUGACCCCUCCUAAUCCUAGGGGUGACUCAGGCGUCACCCACUUGUGUGACCAGUGUGCGUUUGCCACCACUGACAUUGACGUGUUGCUACAACACUACGAAAGCUGCCACACCCUGAUCAACCUAAAGGGGGCUCCCCCACAUGUCAAGGCCGAGGAGGAGGCCGGGGCAGACAAGGACGGUGGGAGAGGAGCGGGAGGAGAGAGGGAGUACUCUUGUACAAAGUGUCACUUCAUCACUGAAGUGGAAGAAGAGAUUUUUAGACACUACAGGCGUGUCCACGCGUGUUGCCGUUGUCGACGCUGUGACUUCACGGCUCCUGAUUCAUCAGCCCUCCUCGACCAUUUUAAUUCUGUCCACUGUCAUGACUCCUCUCCCUCAUUAAGCUCAUUGACAACGACCUCCUUACCCACCUCACUGACAACCUCACUGACACCUUCAUUAACACUCUCAGCCAAUGGCUGCUCAGCUCCCUCUACCUUAGCCAUUAAAGAAGAGAGCAAGGGGGAUCUUCGCCUCCUCUACUCCCUUGCACCACCUGAGGGACGAUUGGCAGAAGGAGGCAGAGAAGAGGCAGGAGGGGUGGUAAAAAGUGAGGGAAGCGAGGAGAAAGAGAGAGAGCGGGAGAAAGGCUGGGUUCUUGGGGAGACAAGAGGAAUAGGAGAGAGAGGAGGUGACCAGGCCCACGGUUUACUCUGGGUGCCCAAGGAGCGAAUGGGACCCGAAAGAGGAGUCGAAAGAGGAGCAGGAGGUGGGAGCCCCUCUCUUUUCCCCUCCCCCCUCCCAUUGUCUUUUGUUUCAGCGAAUCACGAGGCCUCGCAGCAGAAAAGAGGUGUGGCCUCACCUAGCAUGGUUUACCUGGGAGACACCAAAUCAUUUUUGGGAGAUACCAAGUCGUUUUUGGGAGACGCCAAGCUGUACGGAGGAGGAAGGCCAGGAGGAGCCGCUGGUGGAGGGGAGAAGCAGAGCCAGAUGCCCCCUCAACAGUAUGCAGGAGGAGGAGGAGGAGGAGGAGGAGGUGGAGGGGGAGGCGGAGGAGGAGGAGGAGGGAGUGGAGGUGGUGGAGGACAGGAAGGGAAAGGAGGAGCCGCUAAAGAGGAGUCCCAGUCCCUGCUACGGCGGCGCAGAGGGAGUGGGGUCUUCUGUGCAAACUGUCUGACCACCAAGACAUCACUGUGGCGGAAGAAUGCUAAUGGAGGCUACGUCUGCAAUGCAUGUGGUUUAUACCAAAAACUACAUUCAACACCCAGACCUCUGAACAUCAUCAAGCAGAACAACGGUGAACAAAUUAUCCGACGCCGAACCCGAAAACGCCUCAACCCCGAUUCUCUGUCAUCCGAGAACCCCGCCCCCAAGCAACAACGAAUCACCAAUGAGGAGCGUAUGAAUGGGGAGGAGUCAGACCGAAGCUGUGCAUCAAUAAAAAACCAGCAGCCUUCCCCUCGCUCACGUUCACCGCGAUCCACUCAAGCCUUCUUAGCUAAUCAAACAUUGGAGAUCCACAGACGUAUGCCUCCUCUUCUCCUCCCUUCACAUCCCCCCUCCUCACUAGUAGUGGAGGGCAAUGGGGGCAUCGCCGAGGGAGGGAUCACGUCAAAGGUAGAGGGAGGUAAAGGGGGAGGGGGAUCAGAGAGAGGUAGUCCGAUUGAAAAAUACAUGCGUCCGUCCAAACCGUCGAGUUAUUCACCUCCUGGUUCACCCAUUGAAAAAUAUCAGUAUCCCCUUUUCUCUUUACCCUUACCAUUAACCCUCUCACCUGAUUUGACCCCUGAGUCGGAUUGGCUCAGGUUCUGGACCAAGUACAAGAUGGCAGCCACGUCUGGGGUUCCUGGUAGCAUCAGUAAUCUAAGCAGCCCUGGUAGCCUUGGGAAUAACGCUCAUUAUCUCAGUGCAAUGGUUACUCCAGUACAGCAUCAUCAGCAAAGCUACACGGUGCCUUACUGCGCCUCUCCCUACUCUCCUCUUCCACCUCCUCCAGCUCCUCCUCACUAUCCUCCUCCCCCCCUCCAUCCACAAACCUCCUCCUCAUCAUCGUCAUUAGAAAAUGAUGCUCCUUUGGAUCUUGCAAUAAGACAAAGAGAUACAACUGCUGCAAAUGUUCACAUGUCAACAAAUGGUCCAGAGAGGAGAAGGCAGGAGUCGCCGCUAGCCGAGAGGCUGAGAGAAAACUGGAAAGGAGAGAAAGAGGAGGAGGAGAGGACUGAUGAAGGUGGGAACCAGAUGGAGGAGAUAGGAAAGGAAGAAAAGGAUCAUUUGACAGCAUGUCGGUCAAGCGUUUCUUCGAAUCGCUCAAUGGUGGAAGUGGCCACACAGGACGACCUGACCAAUCGCUGCAUCCACUGUGGGAUCUACUUCCUAGAUGAGGUCAUGUAUGCCCUGCACAUGAGUUGCCACGGCGACCAGGGACCAUAUCAGUGCAGUUUUUGCCUGCAUGUGUGUGCAGAUCGCUACGAUUUCACCACACACAUACAGAGGGGCUUACACAGGUACACAGACAAGGCAUUGCAACAGAAGGGUCACACGCAAGGUGGCAAAAUUCAGAGCGCCUCCAUGAUGUCAGAGUGCGAGUCUCGAAGCGCUACUCCGGAGGAACAAAAAGAUGGAGUUGAUUGUAAUGAGAUCACGUGUGAAAGUGAUGAUGUCACAGGAGUAUGUCAUGGUGGUCAAGCUGAUGAAAUUACAGGCAAUGAUGCCAACGAUAAUGAAGCAGGAGCUGAAAAGGAAAUAAGAGUAGAGAGUCAUGAUAUAACAGACCAGGAAUUAGGAGGCAAAAUGGAGUCAGAAAGUAGCGCAGACAUCACCAUCGAAGUCACGACUGUUGCUGACUCUGAAAACUUAGAUGAAAACACAGAGAAAAAUUAAUCUGAUGCCUUUGACUCACACAAACCUUUAAGAACAUGUUUCAUUGGAUGAAUAAGCUGUAUACCUUCAUGUUCCUGGAGGCUAGCUCAUGUCACAAUGAGCCUAUCCUGGGCACUAAAUGGAACACAUCCUUAUGCUGGAAGCACUCGGCUGUCAAAUGGUCAAAAAUCAUUGUAGGAUCCCGCUGAACUGCUGCAGGGACAGUUUGGAGAAAUAGCCUAAAUCCUGUGUUGAGUGACGGUCACUUGACAGCUCCGCAGCAAGUAUUCAACAACGGAGUCCGGGCAUGCAGCUGAAAUCACCUUUCAUAAACAGCCACUUCAUGUGCUUUCCAAAUAAGAGGAUUGGAAACUCGAUUGAAAGUUGGACUGGUCUCAUUUAGGAUGAGUUUGAGGAGCUCAGCACUUGCACAGCCACCAUACAGCAGAGCAAAAAAAAAAAAACAAAAAAAAAACAAACAAACAAACAAAAAAAAAAGAAAAUGCUACAAGCAAAACACUUAAACUGAACUGAUUUGUUAUGCACCAUACAAAACUGAAACAGGAGCUGGUCCAAACUAGUCUGAUGCAUCAUUCAGACUGCUUUAUCUUGGUACAACCAGAUCUGAUCUGGUUAGAGCUACUUUGUUCUGGUCCAGAGCAUGUUUUGAACUGCUUCUCCUGCUGUGCAAAUGGAUCCGAAACCAAAACUUAUUUUUGAAGAGGGAAAAUUAAGCCAGUUUGUUCUGGGCUGCAGUUCAGCUGGUGUUACAUUGGUACAAAAGGAUUGGUUGGUUUCUUUCACUCGUGCCCUGUUGUUAACUGAAACUGACCGUGUUUCUGGAUCAAUGCAAAAUCACCACCGGUGCAAAGUGGCAUAGGAUGGUAGGGCUGGUUGGUUUUGAUUUGACCAUGACUUUUUGAACUGAACUGCUUAAAUCCAGUUUUAGCUGGUAAAACCGGUGUAAUACCGGACCGAAGUGUUCUCUUCAUCCAUUUGGAUCGAACCAAGUGACAUUAUUUUCUACCUUCCUCCGUGCCAUGAUACUAGCUACGUGCCUGGCUGCCUGCCUAAUAGAACAACCAUCUAUUAACCUGCUUAACAUUUAUAUUAAUAAUAAUAAUGGUAAUAAUAAUAAUGAUGAUGUUAUAGUUCAAAACAUGCAAUUUGCUACACUUUCCUAUAUAAUAUGUUAUUUUGUAAAGGCAAAUAAUGCUUUUUUGCAGGAAAUGGUACUAUAAAAAUUAGUCUAUUUGCGAUUUUUUUUUUCUGUUGAUUUUUGAGCUCUUUUUUUUGUUUGUGUUGUUAAGGAGACUUGUUACAUUGAUAACAGCUGUCUAACAGAAAUGGUACAGGAAAAAGAGGGGGUUGUGUGUAUGUGUGCAUUUGUGUAAUUGCGUUUCUGUGUGUGAGGAUCAAAAGGAUGCGUCCGUCCCCAAACGAUGAUGUAAACAUAAUGAAGGCUUGCGCUUGGUUUUUCAGUCCUCAGGGGUCACACGUGUUGCACACCAACCCACCUGUUUCAUAGCAUGUGACACAUCAUUUUUACAUGUUAAAUGGUCUAAUGGUUUUAGCAUGUUCUCUUACGUUCUCUUAUAUAUAUGUUCUUAUGAUGUUCUUUAUGUGUUAAUAGAUCAACACGGUCUUAGUA